CUUUUCAAUGGUUCGUCGGCCGUCGAGGAGUCCCACAGACCGUCCACUGCGACAACUCGACGAACUUCGUAGGAGCAAGUCGCCAGUUCCUGGAGUUGCGAGCUCGAAUCGAGGAAGAGGCGGAUGCAAUUCGCGACUUCGCAUCAAAAAGCGGAUGCGAAUUUGCGUUCAUACCGCCAACAGCUCCGCACUUCGGGGGUCUGUGGGAGGCAGGUGUGAAGUCUGCAAAGCACCUACUCCUUCGGACGGUAGGCAUCCCGCUGCUAACGGCCGAGGAGCUGCAGACGACUCUUGUCGCAGUGGAAGCCGACCUCAAUUCCAGGCCCCUGGGAGCAAUAAGCGAGGACCCAACCGAUGGCGAGUCUCUAACGCCAGGCCGCUGGUGGGAGGCUUAUUGA